GCCGGCGGCGGCGGGCGGCGGCGGCGGCGGCGGCGAAGUCAUGGACCCCAGUGUGCUUUCAGCGAUGGACCGGGACGCGCUCAAGAAACAGAUCGAAAACAUGCGCUACCAGUCCACAAUGGACCGAUGGCCGUUGUCCAGGAGCAUACAGGCGUGAGUACUUUUAUCCAAAAUAAUUACCUAUCUGUUAGCAAUAACGGUACGAUUUCGAUACGCGCCGUAAAUUUCGUGUUUUUCGGGGGAGUGCGGGAGGCGUUUUCGUUUUUCGAUUUUUGGGGAAAAAAAAAAAAAAAAAAAUAGAAAAUUUAUAAUAAAAACGGCGGAAAGCCGGCGUCGGCGGCGCUAUGCCACAAAGCCGGAAACCGUCACGACCCCCCCCCCCUGUUCCCCCGUCGCACGCCGCCGCGUGCCGUCACCGCGUACGUAAUCUUCCGUAACCAACAUCCCUGUAGUACUUACGUUAUAAUUAUUGUCGUCUGUUUAACAACAUAAUAUUGUUAUUAUCCACUGUGUCGCGGUAAUGAUAAUAUUGUUAUGACAUUAUUGUCCUGCGACGUGGCCGCCGCCUCCGCCGCCGCCGCCUCCGCCGCCGCCGCGAGUUCGGAGCACCGCCGCUGUUGCCGCCGUGACGCCGCCGCCGCCGCCGCCGCCGUCGUCGUCGUCACCGCAACGGCGUACAAUAAUAAAACGGCGGCGCGGCGUACUUUUCGCGCCCCGUCGCCGUCGCGUACCGCGCGCGGCGGCGCGACGGCCGCGAUUUCGAUGGACGCGCGCCGUUUUCCCCGGGCGCCAAUACAAACGCGUUGUGCGCACGCGACGCGUAACAUUUAUAAUAUUUAUAAACGCGCUCCGCAGGACGGAGACCCUACCGGCGCUCGGGCCGAUUUAUUUUCCGGGUCGAUGUGUGACGGCAAUAAUUUCCGCGGAUUCAUCGGUUCGUCACAGUCAUAUGGCACACGUUAGAGUAUAGAAAAAUGGGUGUAUCGUAUUGUUUUUGAGAAAACUGAAAUAUCGGAUUUUUUUUUUUGUUCGUCAGCAAUCUAAUUCCGACAGUGUUUUUACUCGCGAAUUUUCGUAAAUCGCAGGGCACUUACCCCCCACCCCGUCCUCUCCCCAACACAAAAAAACUCGUAAGGACUUCGUCACUAGAAUCGAAUUUCUCCCACUUAUCUUGUAGUACUAUAGAACUUUAAAAACCAUUAAAUUAAUACAUUUUCAAUAAAUAACCGAAUACGUUAAUACAUUACGAUACCGACAUUAACUGUCAUACAUUAGCCGUUAUGUAUUCAAAAAAAAUGAUCAAAAAUAAAACGGCAUCGUCAAAAUGGUAACGAUGGGAGUUGAAUGUUGAAAUUUCCAAAAGACACAUACUUGAUACUUAUGUCAAAACACAAAGUUUCAUUUUCCUAGCCCAAUUUAUUGUUCUUUAGGGGUGUACGCAGCUAAAAAUCACCCACAUCUCGCGAGUUAUACACGGUUAUAUUCAUAUUAAAAUAUUCAACCCAUUGCCCACCACUUAUUACUUCAAUCCGCUUAUAAAACAUUUCUGAAUCCCGAGUUUAAGCUCAUUUUAUCCAGAAGGAGCCUUUAGAAAUGUCCUAAAGUAGCGGGAAAAAGAUGUAAAUAUAUGAUAAUAUAUGACAAUUCAGUGCAAUGUGCUCUAUUUUCGGGAAAAGUUUGACAAUAAUUCUUUUGAUAUUUUAAAAAUAAAUACGUUAGGUUAGCCGUAAAGUUUACAGAUUACUUGUUCAUAGUCAUAUUUUUCUGUAUAUUUUAUAAGGUUGGUAAUAAAAGUUAGAGAUAACAUCACUAAUUACUAAUGGUUAAUAGCUGCAGGUAAGUAGGUAGAUAUGGUUAAACCGUGAGAUUAAAAUAUUUAGACCGAGGGGUGAUGGUUAACGGCUUAUGUUCCUACGGUUUUGUUCGGUAAAAAAAGUUACCCCUUCCCCGAAAUUUGCAUAGAUUUCUAUCACGGUCAUAAAUAUUGUACAUGUGUACACCACCAUAAAUAUAGGGUGUAAUAAUUAUAUUUCACAAAUGUAAUAAAUUGUUACUAUAUUGAAUAUUUUUAAGUUAAAUUUUAAAGUUCUAGAAUUCGAAGUAAAAAUGAAAAAAUGUAUUUAAAAUUAAAAAAAAAAAAAAUCGAGAUAGCCUUUUAAUAACAUAUUUAAAAAUGUUUAUAAUAAAAUAUAUGUAUAACAUAUUUAUAUUCAGAAACAUUUUGAUGACGAAAACUUUUACAGAAGUUGUGUUAAUUAUUUUUAAACAAUUAUCAAAGUUUUGUAAAAUAUGACGUUUUUUGCGAGCUUGAUUUUUCAAUAAAGUAUUAGACAAUUUGAUAAUAUUCUUAUUAUAAUAAUUUCUGAUAAACGCUUAUCAUUUACCGUGUUACUGGAAAUGGGUGCAGCCACUGUUGUAGGUAGGAAGUUGGAAAAGUAGGAUACAUGAAGUUAGUUACUUUAUCUCUGUACGCAAAUAUAAACCAUUGCUAACGAAAAACGAUUCGAAGCGAAUUGAAGACAUAUUUUAAAAUUUUAACGAUUUUCGUCAAGACUUAAUAUUAAAACGCUUAUGAAAAAGAACCUAACGCCAUAAACUCAAAUUUGAUUUUAGACCACUAAGUACAACUUAUAAUGUACCUCGUGUAUAGUUUUCAAGCAUUUUUCUUUAGUCAUAAUAACAGAUAUACUUACAAAAUAAAAAUAAAAAUGAAAAUAUCAAAUACCGAUAAAUAGUCUAAAAAUAGUUAGAUUGUUUUAAACAUUUUACUACGUCUACAAAAGGUCAAUAUAAGAAUUUUUUGAAACUCUUUAAAAAUUCAAAAAGAUUACUUCUAAAUACACCAACCAGAGAAAAUUAACUUGCAGAAAAGGUGCUACGCUUAAUACUUCGGAACAAGAUUUCUUGUAGAAAAGUUGUUCACAGACAGGGGAAAAAAAUGCAUCGUAGUAAAACCAAUAGAUCCCUCGCUACGCUCCGAAACUAAAAAGUUAUUAUACUUGUUAAAUAGUCUUGUUACACUUUGUGUAUUAAUACGUCGGUAUCAUCUAUACACGCAUGGUUGUAUUGUAUUUUUGUUUUAGGUUUGUUUAGGUUUUUUUGUUUUACAAUUUUUAUCUAUCUUAAGCUCUACUUCAAUAAUAUUGUUUUCAUAUUGACUUUCUGUGAAAUUUUCCUAGAAAAUAGAGACUAUUGCAUUGUAUUGGGCCUGCUAUAUAUACAUUUAAUACAUGUUUAUAUCUUUUUCCCGGUACUUUUCAAAAAUUACAUUCUUUUUUUUAUAGCUAAAUUUAAGUCAUAACAUGUUGGCCCCCGCCGUCUGUUUGUAUGCUAUCAACUAUCUCUAUAGUUACUUUACUUAUUUUGAUGAAACUUGAUUUGAUCGAUUUCCUAUCAUUAUCUUGCAUACUUAAAAGAAGUGAGGAGUAGUAAACCAUCACAGGAUCCCAAAUAGCACAGGAGGAGGAUGUAAACGUGGUUAGUUGGUAUCUAAUGAGCUAUCCCUGUAUCUCGUCAAAAUGACACGGUAAAAGACAUCGCGUGAGCAAACAUUUAAAACAAUUCUACUUUAUAUUAUUUUUUUUUUUUUUAAUUUGAUUUGUAUUGGUUUUUUUGUUUUAAAUAUAUCGAUGCGUUUGAAUAUUGGCCUUUACAUAUUUUUUCUUGUCAGGGUAUUAGAUUUUCAAUAUAAACGAAUAAAAGCACAUAGUGCGCCAUUGGCAGUGCAAAUAUCAAUUUUGUAGUCGUUAUUUAUACAAUUUAUGUAGCCGUCAUUAUAAACAAUUGUAUUGUUUGUGUUUGAAAAUUGUAGGAUAUCCAUGCAUAUUAAUAUGUUUAUAAUAAAACAAAAUAAUAAUAAUGAUUAAUGGUUUUUAAGUGGCGACAUUUUUGUACUCACGAUAUUUAAACCGCGACAUUAUGACAUGCAAAUUACAAAUUAUAAAUAAUUUCAAGUUUAUUUAAUGCAGUAGGAAUGUACAUAUUGCAUAUACAUGCAAUAUAUUAUUAUUAGGUAACACAGCGAGCAAUUUAGUGACUAUAACUAUUUAAGAACAAUUAUACCAAGUACAAAAAAAAAAAAAAAUGAAAUAUCGUAACAACAAGAGUCAGGUGGGGAUUAGUUCAACUCCAGUGACUGAGUUCUACUUUCACGAGUGUUUUUGUCUGUGUGUCGUUUGUUGUUGACAACUUUUCUACCAGAAAUUUUGCUUCAUUCAGAAAACGACGAGCGUUUUUUCAUAGCAAAUUUUGUCUAAUUGGUAGAAUCGAUUUUUUCCAAUUAUUAGAAAAACUGCAAGUAAAAUCAAAAAAUUACGAACUAGACUAAAUUUUCUACUAAGUACCACUAAAGUACCAUGUACUUUGUAUGGUAUGGUAUGGUAUGGUAACCAUUAAAGUUAAUGAUCGGACCAAGAUUUUUGGUAGAAAAUUUACUCACAGACAAAAUAAAAAAUACAUAUAGUUAACUAAUACAUUUCUCGGUUCACUUAAUAUCUAAAGUUGAGUGUAAUGUAAUAAUUUUUACGUUCAAAUUGUGUCAACAAUCAGAAAAAUCGCGGCAUUUUAAAAUACGUUAACCGAAAAUCGCUCUGAACUGAUUUUUUGUAAAUAAUGAUUCAUCACUGCGUACAGAUCCAUACAUACAUUAUUUACUCUAUUCAUCAUACCUUCCCAACUUUCCACCUUACAAUUGGGGCACGCGUAUCGUCUUUUUUUUAAUUAUAAUAUGGUAUAUUUUACUCGUAUUUACUAACGUUAUUGUUUUUUUACGUUUUACAUUUUAAUAAAAUUGUACCUAUUUUUAGUUAGUAAAUAUAAAUAUAAAAUAAAGAAAAUUAUUUCAAAGUUAAUAUAGAUAAUGUACGAAUGCAUAGACAUUAUGGAAAGUAUUUACUUUAGUCUAUAUUUUUAAUCUUAACGUUCGUUGAUCAAAUAUGAACUUAUCAGUUAUGACUGUAUGUAAACUAUAGUAUUAAUUCCGUAUUAACUAGAUACAUUAAAUUGGAUUAAAAUAUUUUUGUUCAUUUCAUUCUUUGAAAUUUUAAAUUCAAUCGACUAACCAAACAAUAUAUUAUUUACCACGAGAGUACUUGAAUUAUAUCCAUCGAAUACAUACAUAUCAACUGCAAUAUUCCUAUUAAUGUAUGCAAUUCAAUUAAAAUACUCUAGCUAAUUAAUUAAUAAACGUAUUAAUUAAAUAAUUAGUCACUAUAUAGUAGUAGGUGCUUAAUUAUAAUGUAUACAUUCAACAACGAAUAAUAUUAUACCGUCAAAACUGAAGGUCACGUGUAAAAGGCAUAUUAGAUCACUUUUAUUUUUUAAACGUUUUGUUUAUUAUAAGAGAAUGCGUUUCAUGUGUAUGACGUUUCAAAUUUAAAUUUCAUACUUUUCAAAAUAGAUAAUAAUUAGUAAAAACAUCGAUAAUGUAAUAAAUAGAUGUAGGAGGAAAGAAGGGGAGAGGAAGACCAAAAAAAAAGGUGGUCGCGAUGCGAUUGAAAAUGAUAAUAUGAAAAUGGCGAGUGUAUGCGAGGACGAUGUAGGGGGAUUGGGUCAAGUGGAGGUUUAGAACGAGGAUGACCGACCACAAAUAGUGAAGGCGAAGAAGAAGAGAAGAAGAAGUAACAACAUUGAUAAAAAUAAUAUCCACCAUACGCCACCACCGUUGUAUAUUACCACAGAACAAUACUGAAACGUCACCUUAUAUUAGGUAUACUUUGUAUAUAAGCUUUAUAAGCUCUAUGUGUACCAGCCAUUUGAUAUUUUGCUACCUACCCUGAUACUGACUGCUUAAUUUAGUUUAUAAAUAUUAUAACUAUUUUUAACUAUCAAAGAAUUUAUAAUUUCUUUAAUGUUUGUCGUCAAGCGAGUAUUAUUUUGGUUUAAAAUAUUUACUUUAAUUUUAAUAAAAAAAUUUCUCUAAAGACGUCAAAGAGAGUAAACAAUGAAGGGAGAACACUUGAAUAUUGAGCAGUGAGUGCCUUCAUUGAGGCUUUCUUUAACAUUUUGUCAUUUUUGUAAAGUCGUAUUAACAGAAAAUCUAGAAAUAAUCUAACUAAUAUUCAUUUCAGAGCAACAACUAACCACAAGGGGAAAAAAAUUGAUUUUAUUUUUAAAUUGUAGACAUAAAUUAUUUAUAUUACUUAGAUAUUAGACAUAUCUACAUUGAGAAAUUAUCUGGAUCCCUUAUACUGAAUUCCUGAAUAUGCUAACCUUCAAGAGUUGUUUAUAGUGACUGAAAGCCGAUAAGGUGCGGGAAGGAAUAAUUUGUCAAUAUACCGCGCUCAAACAACUUUUCUAAGUUACUAUUAUUAAAAUAAACAAUAUUAUAUAUAUAAAUAUAUAUGACAGUAUGACAAGAUAAAACACAACUGUUGAGAGUGUGGUUAAAAAAAAACUGUAAGAUCAUUAAUCUAUUAAUAACAUAUUUCUUUAGCCAUAGUUUUCACCUCUAUUCGGGAAACAAUUUGUUAUUACAAUAUAAAAUAAUAUAAAGUACUAUAAAAAAUGAUCUGAAAAUGUAGCUUCUCCUUUUUUUAUAAUACCAUAUUAAACUCGUGCAAUAAUUGUAUCUAUUUUCGAAUAUUUUACAGAAAUAUUUAAAGUUUUCUCUUUUCAUUCUGCACUAUAUAAUAAUAUGGAUUCGGUAAAUUCGAUAAAAUUAGGUGCGAACUUUUUUUUUAAUGAAAUAUCUUGAGAAUAAAUUAUAAUAAAUGCUGUUCUUAAUAUAAAACAAUAAAAAUGGAAAACUGUUAAAACGGCGAAUACGCAAUAUUAGCGAAAGAGAUAUUAGUUAAUCAAAAUAAUACAUAUAUGGUGGAAAUUGGAAAAAACUAGACUAUCUAGAUAAUGUGUAUUGAAUAUAUUAUAAUUGUAUCGUUGCAGAUUUGGAAUAUAAUUUAAUUCGCCACCGUAUUAUUAUUAUUAUUAUAAGCAAUAAAUUAUGAACUACAAUAAUUGUCAAGUUUAUUAGAUCAUUAAGACAGUAUGAUUAAUUAAAGAAAUUGUUUUGCUGUUUGGUGAUCAUCUUAAUUUAAUUUUCACAUUCACUCGAGUAUACGCAUGUUAUGCCUAUCUAUCAAUGUAAUAGCAUCAGAUUCCAAUUAAAUUAAGUAGAUAUUGGACAGCGAUACACAAUUAAGUAAAAAAAAAAAAACUCUUUAUAGUGAUCUGACCUUUUCUCGUCGUAAAUAUUAUUUACUAUACUAUAUUGCUGUAACAAUAGUGUUUGAAAGACGGUGUAUGUUGUACACGAGUAUCUCUAUAUAAUAUGUCUAUUUCGUACACACAAUACAGUAGAAAUAAUGUUAAUGCAAACGCGAACUUAUGAAUAAUACGGUACGGCGGAACUUGCAUUGUAAGAGUUAUUUUAGGACAGACACUUGUAUAAAAUAAUACAUAAGUAAAAGAAAUUCGAUUCCUAUAGGUAAAAAAAAAAUGUAUGCCAAACAUAAGAAUAGUAAGUAGGUAGUAAACUUAUUGUACCUAAUAAUAUUUUUAACGUCACGAAUGUAUUAUAGUAUAUACACCCGAUUACAUAAUGCCGUUACAAUAUUGUCUUGUCAACGCAAGUACAUUCAUUUUAGAUUUUAUUUUCCUAGCAGUUUUCAUAAUAAUUAGGAAAAACGUUAAAGUUUACGGAAAAUUCGUUUUCAUUAUUUUUGAUUUUUAUUUUGUAUUGCGGUUAAAAAUAAUCGUUGGGCCCUGAAAUUUUCACACACUUCUAUUAGGUCUAUUUUAGGCAUAGUUCAAUUAGUUUCAUUUGUAAGUUUAAAAUUAAAGUUCAAGUUUGAAUGGAAAUCGUAAAAAACCGAACUUCCCUCAGAAUCAUUAUUUUAUCAGCAAUGAUUUAUAUUUUUAUACAUACAUUAAUUAAAUAACUUUAUAUGCUUUUAUACCUUAUUAACUUGCACAUCGUGCACUUGAUGCACAUCCAUGAGCAGUGUCACCUCUUUUUAUUUUAUAAGUAGGUAUCAUCGUGAAAUUUGGCGUAUAUUAUUAUUAUUUACAUAUUAUGAACCACAUAGAUAAUCAAUAAUUUUUGUAUUUAAAGAUAAAUAAUUAUAAUUUUUAAAUGUCUAGGAAAAAAAAAUUGUUUUUAUAAUACCUUUAUCAUAAAACUAAGUACUAAAAUUACAUUAGAAAUGUAUACUAUAAUUGGUACACUUCUAGAUUUCAAAAAUAUUGUGUAAUUUAUAUGUACUAAACAGGCAUAUUAACUAGAUAACACUGCGCAUGAAAUGACCCCCGGCCUUAGAAUAAACGCUAAAAUGCAUGGAAGAAUUAAAAUUAUGUGUGUAUAAAAAAAGUAAUUAUGAAUAAUAUAUUAGUAGUUAUAAUAUAAAUAUAAAAUAUUAUUAGUUAUUAAUAUCUAUAUAUUAUAUAUUAUAUUUAUCUAUAUUUCAUUGUUACUUUUUUAUCCAUGUAUAGCUGAUAUCGUUUUUUUCAUGACUGAGGAACAUACGCAAUGAUAUCGAAAAUUAAAUUUUAGCUGACAUGAUGUAUAAUUUAACUAACGAUUAAUCAAGAUUUAUCUAGACAAAUUACUUAUUUCUCAUUUAUCUAAAUUUUAUAUUCUAACCAAGAGAUACUUAUAUAUCUAUAUAAAACACAACACACGAUGAUCAUUAUUGAACGAGUCUCGGGAUCUACAACGAUUAUACAAUAUAUUUAAAUUUGGAAUAUUUUAGGUAAACGCAUAAUCAUAUUGUAUUAAACUUAUAUAGUAUCCACUAUAUUGUUUAAUCUCUUAUGUCUAUAAUGAUAUCGUCAUACUGAUACUGCUGCUCACACAAAUCUGGUGACGAAUCUCAUAACAGAUUAUGUGCAACCGUUUCGAUUUCAAUCGUGGCUUAACCGUGAAGCGAUCCGUUUACUUAAGAUGGAAAUUUAAUAAACGCAUAAUAUUAUGAGCAGAGGUUUAUCAUUAUAAUUAUUUCGUGACUUCAAAAAGACGGAUAUACAUAUAAAACCUCUUUUAAAGUUAAAUCAUACAGCAUUCAGCGUCAACAACAAUAAAUUGACGUAAUCAAAAAUAAUUCUCAAUGGAGCCCGGUAAACUGACAAGGUUAGGUGUAUAGCAUUAUAGUCUUGUUUUUUCUAUUGAAGGCAAUAUAUAACCAAAAAAAAUCAACAAAAAUAAUAUCGAUGUAUCGUUUGUUUUUAAGAAAAACUGUUCUAGGAAUCUAAAAAAAUAUUUCAAAUAAAAUACCACGGGAGAAAAAAUCUGCUCCUUUUAAGGCUUUUUACAAGCCGAGUAUUCCAAAAAAAAAGAAGCGCGUCUUAUUAACUAAUAAUAACUCCUUCGUAACACUCAUACAUUUAUUAACGUCCAAAUAUUUUAUAAUAUUAUGUUACAGGGAAAAAUAUCAUAGUCAAUAGUAGAUUAGAAUAAUAUAGAAUAAUCACUAUUUCCUCGCUUCUGUCCGUUUGACCAUGAUUUUUGUUCCCUAAUUAACUCAAUUCAUGUGCCAAUUCGUUUAAGAACGAAUUACAAAAUGAUACAACUAUCUUUAUUUUAAUGAUCGAUCGACUAUGGACGGUUUUCCCUGCAGCCUUUCAAUUAGUAACCAAGUAAAUCAUUAUGUUGAGCCCUCAAUGUACGUACAUGUGCCUAAAAUGUGGUUUACGCCUGUAUGUGUACACAGUAAAUGAAACAUGUAUGCAAAUUUAAUUAUUAAUACUCAUUGAGAUUAUAAUAUACCUGCAUGUUAUCUAAAUGUGUAUUUUUUUUUUUUUUAAAACGUGUCCUAUAUUUUACAAGAUGGGGCUGCAUAUUAUCCGUGAUAUAUUGUAAAAACACGCGUUAAGUAAAUUCAAUUACCUCUAACCACCGCAUUCUACACUAUUUGCAGAUAAAGUUUUACGAAUAAUAGUUGCGAAACUAUACUGCUAGGCAGUAAAUAUAUUAUACAAUAUGUAAUAACGUCUCACGAAUUUUAACCGAAAUAUGUUCAUACCAACUCGUAUAUUAAUUUGUGUUCUGGGUAUAAAUUAUGUAUGUUCCUGUUUUAUUUUCCUUUUCUAAUAUUGCUCCCUGCUUCCAACAACGGUUUUCGCGAGGUACAAACAUAAUAUAAAGUGAACAUUUUCAAAAUAAUAAGUUUUUCACCAACUGGCCAUUUAUUACAUUAUAUAUUAUUUUGUGUACGCGCUGCACACGAUACCUCACGAAAAGUUAAGAAUGAUAACUUGCGUGUUGAAACCUCAACGCGUUAACUUUAGUUACUAGUUAAUUAUUGGAACGAAAUUCUAAUUGUUAUUCGACACCUCGAAUUCGCAGCCAUAUAAUAUAUGUAAUUAAAAAGUUCUCCAAUUCGCAAUAGUAUAACUUAGUGAACUGCCAAACUGAUUACUGUUUGAGAAACCCGAACACACACGUUUCUACCUCUCACCUUAUACAUAUCUUAUUAUUUAUAUUGAUAUAACAACAACGUAUACCACGUGUAAUUCAAUAAUACGAUAUUGCUUCUUUUUAUAGUGAAUCGUCCCGUUAUUUGGUUCUAUGAAAAUUCAAAUUCGUAUAUAAUUAAUGUAUUAUAUUAUAUAUUAUAUUUCGUAUAUUAUUAUCUGAUAAUAAUAUAGAUUUGUUUUACGCAUCCAGGAGAGUAUUUGUGGAGGAAGAUUAGGCUAAUCUUUCUUAUUAUUAUCUAUUAUAUCAAAUUUCUUUACUUUAUUUUAGUCAACAAAUUCAAAAAUGUGUAUAAUAUAUAUUAUAUACGUUCAGGUUUCUAUACAUACUGUAUAUUAUGUUUUUGUUUAAAACGAGAUACAACCGAACCACUAUAAUAUUAUGAAUAGUCUUAGAGACUUCUAGCUCUAAAAAAAUAUGCAAAUAUGUUUUUAAAAACAACCAAAUAUGCACUAAAAAAUGCUUUAAAUAAUAUCUUUUACUGACAUUGUACACUGAGAACUUUGUGUUUUGAGAUAAAUAAUUUAAAAUAUGCUCUAAAUAGCAGAAACUGUAAAAUAUGUUAAUAUAUGCCACGUAAAGUUUAGGAUAAAAAUUUCUUACAUAAUGAAUAGUAUAUGAAUUUAUGUUAGCGUCUGCUUUUUUUUUGAACCUUUGAAAAAUAAUAUACAAAUGGUAGAAGUCCUUAACCCGACGAUGCCACCUACCUGCCCGAUAGGUUUUGCCUUUGCCCUCUAAAAGGUGGCUCCAUUAAGCAAGGUAGGCAAAAUCGGAGAAAAUAAUGCUAACACUGACUCCCUCGGUUCGAAGGAGUCUAUAAAAGAAAGAAGUACAUGUGUACUUAGACUAAAAAAAAAUAUAAACCUAUAAUCUGACAUAAUUUCCAAAUUCAAUAUUUCUCUCGCUAACAACAUCUUAAAUACAGCGAAUGGGCAUUUACACUCUUGUUCCCCCUUGGUGUUAUAGACAAAGGCGUAGGAAUAUAUUGUUUAUAAGGAGGGGGGGGGGUUCUGAAUACGAACUGUUUGUAAUUCAAGUGAUUUAGAGUUGAAACAAAUUAACUCUUCCCUUAACACCACCCCUUACCAACGUUCCGGGUUAUGAGUGUACCACAAAGUUGCAUUUACAGUAUACACCUAUAAUAUACUAUAGAAACAUAAAUAUAUGUCUUGGGAAGAUUUAUUCAUGGUAAUUAUAUUAUUUGUAUAGUGCGUGUUGUGUAUUAUUUGUUAUAAUGGUCAUGACGAAAAGAGAAAAAUAAAUAAAAUGUUAGGCGAAAAAAAUUUAAAAAUAAAAAUGUUAAAAAUAUAUAACAUGGGAUAUUAUAUUACAUAUGCAUAUAUUACUACUAUUAUGUUUAUUACCAUAUCUUCCGAGUGUCGUAAAAGUGUAAACGAGUAGCGCGUGACGAUAUUGUACAUCAAUAUUUUAUAUUCUGUAUACAUACCUCAUAAUACUCGUAAAUACAUAUUUUAGUAAACGUAUUAAAUUGUUCAUUAUUUUGUUUUUGGCUUGUUCACAGGAUGAGAGAAUUCGUCGAGGAGAACGAAAAAACUGAUCCUCUAAUCCACGCUCCAGACAAAAAGAACAACCCUUGGGCGGAAAAGGGGAAGUGUGUAAUAAUGUGAACGAUUUUUCACAUACCUACCACGACCACCCCUUCCGGCGCCACCACCGCCGCCGCCUCCGCCGCCACCGACACGCCGCCCAACCGGCUUCGGUGGCUCCGGUCAAACUUAUUAUAAUAAUAUAUUUUCUUUUACACAUUAUUUUAACGCAAUCACUUAUUUUUUAUUUGACGAAACAGAAAAAAGAAUAAGCAUAAUAACAUUUCCAAUAUCGUGUACUUUUCCGUUUUAUUUUAUUUUGAAUAAUAAUUGAAAAAAAAAAAAGAAGAAAAAAAAAGUUUGUAAUAAAAAUUUUACUAAAAAAAAAAAAACUAUAAACGACGAGUAUUUUAAGGGUAAUUGUAUCAGCUCAAUAAAAUAUAUAAAAAAAAAAAAAAAUAAUAAAAAUAAAAAAAAUAAAAAAAAUAGUCUCGGUUUCAAAUAUUAUUAUUAUACUUAAUUUACUUAUAUAAUAUUAUAAUAGAUAGGUCAACGACGAUAACGUAUGUAGGUUGCGUAUACACGUCUUAAUGUUAUCAAUUUCGGUGUGUGAAUACUUCAAUAAAAUACAUUUUUUUUCCUCGUAUUGGUUUUUCAAUAGUUUAUGAAUAAUUUUUACCUUAAGUUAUAUUAUUGUAAUGCAUUAUAUUAUACUGCGUUAUUAUAAUUGUUUAUUACAUACUCUAGUCACUGUAUAAUUAUUAAGUCCACUAUCUCGGAUAUUAUAAUAUCUCGUAUAAUAUUAUAUUCACCUUCCUAUAUAAUAUUAUUAACUAUAGAAAUUAAUAUUAGUAAAUAUUAUACAAUCUACAAUAAUAAUAUACAUAAUAUUGUAUUGUAUUGUAUUAUAUACUUAAAAAUAAUUUUUAUCUAUUAUAAUAUACAUACAUCUAAACAACCUUAAUGUAAAGACACACUUUUUUAAAUUUUUUUUUUUUUUUUGUUAUUCAUUGCAAUAUACAUAUUUUAAAAACUUUGCGUGAAGCUCAUUAACUGCAGUGAUGGGCUUCAUUUCCAAAGUUGUAUAAUUAGUACAGUAAUAUAAUGUUUUCUAAAAAUUAAAAAAUCAACCUUAUACCUCCCUUUUUCCGAGCUUAAAUAUUUUAAUAUUAUUAUGAAAUUUCGCAUCGUGCCAUUUCUAUAUAAGGUUUUGUACGAUUUUUUUUUUUUUUUUUUAAUAAAAUAAGACGCCUAUCUAAUAUUUGUAUAAAUCGGCGUUAAACAUUUAUAUUAUAUAAAGUAAUUUUUUUUUUUUGUAGUACUUUUCUGAUCAUAUUAUAUUUAUGGGCACCAAUUAUAUCGUAAGUUUAAUAUUUAUUAAUAAUAUAAUAAUUAAUAAUAUUAUUAAUUUAAUUUUUAUCGUCACUGAAAUAUUAUAUUAUUAUGUCGUCCGUAAUACAUAUAUAUAUAUGUAAUACUUGUAUUAUAUUACAUAUAUAAUAUAUUUAUGUAGAUGAACAUAAUAUAAUAUUAUACUAUAUGUAUAUGUACGAUAUAAUAUAUAAUUUAUAAUAUAUUAUACUACAUACAUAUAAAUACAUUAUCUGUAUUAAAAAAAAAAAAAAAAAAAAAAAAACGAUUCCGUAUAUUAUUUUUGUUUUUAGAAAAACAUUAUUUCGAUUUUACUAUUAUAAUUAUUAUUGUAUCGCAAAAAAUGUCUGUAAAUAAAAUAUGAAAUAUAGAUGUUUUUGAUCGAUUUUCAAA